CAAGUAGAGGCAGCAUGGCGACGCAGGUGAGGUACAUCAAAGACCCAGCUGUGAGGCGCGCGUUGACCUGGGACCGCCUCCUCCCCGUCGUCAGGAGGUCGCUCGCGGCGUUCUCUAGGGGCCCAAGGCAUCCCCAGGGCGCCGUCCAGCCACUUAGGACGUCGGUGUCUGUGGAAGAGCAUCAGGGGACGAUGCUGGUCAUGCCCGGGCUGGUGCGAGGCGCGGGAGGCAGCGACGGCGCCCUGGCUACCAAGAUCGUGUCCCUCUUCCCCGGAAACGCCACCAAGGGCCUCUCCACCCACCACGCCCUCGUCGUCCUCAUGGAGCCCAGCACCGGCGCGCCCCUGGCGAUCUUGGAGGGGGAGGCCAUAACGGAGCUGAGGACGGCGGCGGCGUCGGCGGUGGCGACGUUGGAACUCGUCAGGGAGAAGCCAGCGGAGGACAACCAAAGAACCUCCGUCGUGGCCGUCCUCGGGGCUGGGACUCAAGGACGAGCUCACGCGAGGGUGAUGGCGCACGUCCUCAGGCCCAAGGCGAUCCGCAUCUGGUCCCGCAGCCCUUCUUCGGCGGAGAGCCUGGCGUCCCUCCUGCGUUCCGAGGGCGUCCCCGCCGAGGCCGCGGCGUCGGUGCGGGAGGCGGUGGCGGGCGCUGACGUCAUCAACACGUGCACGCUCUCGACCACGCCCAUUUUGAAGGCCGAGUGGGUCAAGGAGGGCGCGCAUAUUAACAGCGUCGGUGCUCCUCGCCCCGACUGGCAGGAGCUGGAGGAGAAGCUCGUCCGCAGCGCCGCCGUCUACGCCGACAGCAGGGAGGCCGCGCGCAAAGAGGCAGGCGACGUCAUCAAAGCUGGGGCAGAGGUGGCGGCAGAGAUAGGCGAGGUCAUUCUAGGGUCACGACCUGCCCUCCGACAAAAGACCACGAUCUUCAAGUCUCUCGGACUGGCUGUGGAAGACGCGGUCUCAUCUCGCCUCGUCUACGAUCUCGUGAUGGAAGAAGAGGAAGAAGAACAGGCCAAGAAAGGAGAAUAGAUUGGCGAUAAUGUGAUAAAGAAGAGAAGAUAAAGAAGACGUGAAAGCAAGGAAGAAAGCAAAUUGACUGAGUAAUUGGUUGUUGACAAAGGGGAAAGGACGAGGAGGGAAGGGAAGGAGGGUUGGGGUGAGAGAGAGGGAGGGAGAGAGAGAGAGGGGAGAGAGAGAGAAAGAGGAAGAGAGAGAGAGAGAGAGGAAGAGAGAUAGAGAGAGGAAGAGAGAGAGGAAGAGAGAGAGAGAGAGAGAGAGAGAGAGAGAGAGAGAGAGAGAGAGAGAGAGAGAGAGAGAGAGAGAGAGAGAGAGAGAGAGAGAGA